CUUAACAGAAAUAUAAAGUUACUUAACAGAAAUAUGAAGUUACUUAACAGAAAUAUGAAGUUACUUAAAAGAAAUAUAAAGUUACUUAACAGAAAUAUAAAGUUACUUAACAGAAAUAUAAAGUUACUUAACAGAAAUAUAAAGUUACUUAACAGAAAUAUGAAGAAACUUAACAGAAAUAUGAAGUUACUUAACAGAAAUACGAAAUCCUUUAACACAAAUAUGAAGUUAGUUAACAGAAAUAUAAAGUUACUUAACAGAAAUAUAAAGUUACUUAACAGAAAUAUAAAGUUACUUAACAGAAAUAUGUAG